AUGCUCACGCAGCUUUUGCUCCUCGGCCUGGCCGGCCUUGUUUGUGUCAAAUCAGUCAAGCCUCCCUUGACCCCAGCGCCACCAACACCGUCACCACGGCCGUGGUCCACUUUUGCAGAGAAUAUCAUUUACCAGCCUGACUCAAAUCACUCCGUUCUCUAUCCCCGGCAGGUUGAACUAUCUGAUGGAAGUCUCCUUGCGACAGCUUCGUUUGCGGGCGAUAAGACUCCAUACUUCCCCAUAUUCAAGAGUGCAGAUGGUGGUGUUACCUGGUCUUGGAUCUCCAACCUGACUGACCAGGUGAAUGGAUUGGGAAUGUCAGCUCAGCCCGCGCUGGCAGAGUUGCCGUUUGCUGUGGACGACUACCCUGCCGGCACGAUUUUGGCCAGUGGAAACAGCUGGGGAAGCAAGAGCACAAACAUUGAUAUCUAUGCCAGUAAAGAUAGUGGUCAUACCUGGAAGUUUGUCAGUAAUGUGGCGAGAGGAAGUGGACCGGAUAUUACGAAUGGAAAUCCAUGCAUUUGGGAGCCUUUCAUCGAAUUUUUCAACCAUACCAUCGGCGUGUUCUACUCUGACCAGCGUGAUCCACUCCAUGGACAGAAGCUUGCUCACCAGGAAUCGGCGGAUUUAAGAUCCUGGGGACCCGUGAUAGACGAUGUUUCCUACCUCAACUAUACUGCUCGUCCUGGAAUGACCAGCAUUUCCUACAUCCCCCCUCUGGGGAAGUAUAUCCUGGUCCACGAGUUCCCAGGAGGAGAUAGCUGGUCCGGAGUAGGCUAUCCCGUCUACUAUCGAAUGUCCGACAGUCCAUUUGAUUUCCGCUUUGCCUAUGGUAUCCCCAUCAUGGUCAAUGGAGUCCAGCCCAAUGCGUCUCCUUAUGUGGUCUGGUCCCCAUCCGGUGGUGAUAAUGGAAGUAUAAUCGUUAGCGACGCUGAUCAUAGUGGUGUUUUCACCAACCAAGCCGGUGGCCAGCCUGAUCAGUGGGAAUUGCAUGACACACCUCAAGCGCCCGCAUACAGCCGGAGCUUACAUGUCUUUGAGAAGUACCCUGAUCAUUUGAUGCUACUCGGUGCAGGCGUGUUUGACGCAACGGUAAAUCUGCCGCUUUAUCUUAGCGUUGUGAGCGUAGAAGAUACCUUGAAGAAGCCAGCUGGGAAAUAG